AUGGACGAAUGCGCUCUGUGUUCGGCGCUCCUCUCCCGGUCCACUAAGAGCUACACCUCACGAGUUCUCAUCGAUCGCUACAGCCUCUUUGUCAACGAUUACAUAGACUCGAAGCAGCUGCACUACUUGCUAGCUGAGAACCAAGCGGAGCUAGAGAACAUGGCUGGUUCCAGAGGCAGCUCGAACAACUUCAUGGCUCGUAUAGUUCCAGUCUACGUCUUUGAUCUCAAGAGCGACAGGAUCGUCAUGCUGGACCGCGACCAUCAGUCGAUGGCUUUCAGGGACAUGAUAAUCGCGAUCCGGAGCAAAGGAUACCAGACAGUGUCCGAGUUCAAUUGCAACCAUCGUCCCAUGAUGGUGGAGACGAGAAGGCUCGAGCGUCCACUGGUCGCGUCGCUGCUUCAAACUCUGUGGGGCGUGACACCAACGUACCUCACCUGGAGCAGCGAGCACAACUCGACGUUUCUAGACUACACUUGGAGCCUGGGGAACACGCCGUUCGGUCCGUUUUCGAAGCUCUCGUCGCUGUCAUUCGCGCAGAGAGACGCUGCUCCUCGCAACGUCCUGCACACGAUGCUCAACACGACGGUGUGGGGAGCCAUUGAGAUGCUGGAAACGUUGAAGGGACUGGGAGGCGAGAAGGCUGUGCUCAAGAGCAGGCAGGGGACGGAGAUGAACCAGAGAUGGAACUUACUACUCUACAAGCUCAACAAGGCAACAUCGGCCAUGUCUCACUUCGAUUUCAACUUGGCUCUCUGA